AUGAUGCACACCUCGAUCUACCUCUCCCACUCCCUUGCUCUCCUUGUCUGCAUCGUCUUUCCCCUCUACCUCGCCAUCCGUGGCUCCGCCUCGUUGUCAGACAUCGCACUUGUCCUUUCCUCCCUCUCAGAGCGUGCCGAAGCCCUUCACUUCAAGCUCACCCCCUCGCUUGCCGCCUCUCCAGCACCAAUCUCCAAAUCCCUUCCCGAUGGACUGGCGCACUGCAUUAACUCCUUCGAGCAGUAUCCGGUUCUCGCCGAGCAAGUGCUCCAGCGGAAGCAUGUGCGGUAUUCCAAGCAGACGCCCGCGCAGAAGGCGAUAAGCAGCCAGCUCGGCUAUCCUGCACACUUCGAGAAAGCCAGGAAAGGAAUUGAGGUGAACGCCCGGUUCUCGGAAAAGAUUGCACAGAUUGCGAGGAGGGAUUACCACACCGGCCCGCGAACACCGGAGGACAAAGAAGUCGCGGAUUUUGGAGUGGUGGACCUGGCAUUUGCGCAUCUUUCGCGAGACUGGAGCACGCAGGGCGCAAAGGAAAGACAGGCCGUGUUUCCGCCUGUUCUAAGUGGGCUUGAGCAACAUUUUGGCGGGAGCGCGAGAGGGAACAAGGUGCUGGUACCCGGAAGCGGUAUGGGCAGGCUGGCAAGCGAUAUCGCUGAUCUCGGGUACGAGGUCACAGCCAACGAGCUGGACUACGGCUCCAUCCUGGCCUACCACCUGCUAACGAACCAUACGAGCUCGCUGCACCAGCACACCCUGCAGCCCUUCGUGACUAAAUGGACGCAUCAGGCCAACCCCUCCUCGCGCUACUCCGCCUUAACGGUGCCGGACCACUGGCCAAACAAGGCCGUCAAGCUCGUCGAGGGCGACUUCUUGGAGAUGUUCUCCCGGGACGGUGAGUUCGACGCCGUCGUCACGCUGUUCUUCAUCGACAUGUCUACAAACGUGAUUGAUUUCCUGAGCAACAUACAUCGGCUGCUGAAGCCUGGGGGGUGUGGAUCAACCUUGGGCGUACCGCUGAAAUGGAGCACCAACAGCGCUCUCCAGCUCUCCGCGGAGGAAGUACUCCAGCUGGCAGAUCUGCUCGGGUUCGAUGUGGACCAUACGUCCAGGAAGAACAUUGACAGCUUGUAUGCCGAGCAGCCGGAGACUUUGCUGAAGUUCACUUAUGUUACGCAGUUCUGGUCCGCAACGAAGAGGUGA